AACAAUGACGCCUCGCACUGUUCUGGAGGGCCAGGAAAUUGCAACCCUGCUUAUUUUCGCGAUGCUCCAGUUUUCCCCAUCGCGAGGGGUGUGGGGUCUAAACCCGGGCGCGAUGACACCAAAGUAUCCGGCAUAUGCUGGUGUCCGUCACUCAAACCCUAUCCUUAGCAGAUGCUUCUUGUCUGCUGAGUUAUUCGAUGGCCUCGAGGGCAUUGGUCUUCCGACGGGCGCAGCUGCUCAUAGUCUUAGCACUAUGCUUUUCAAUGGCUGCGGAAGAUGUACCGGAAGAUAUCGUCCCUCGACUGGCUCUGGGCAGCGGCCCGACUACCGACGGAGAUGUGUCAAGCAACGUCUGGCUCUGCGCUUGGCUCGACCAAGAGAAAUGGGUGACGGUGUGCACCGCACCCGGAUAGAGAAACAUUUCUCCCUCGGUCAUGUCUGUGAGUGGGUUCCAACUUCCGGUCCUUCUCUGGUUGUNUUUCGACGGCAAUACGUCUGCCAAGCCACGGCAAACAGCACNUCGGACGCGGACCGUGUCACUGACCUUGUUGACCACCAGAAUCCAUCCUUCGUGCUGCGAGCCAUCAAAGAUGUCGCAUUUGAAGAUAGAGACAUCCCCAAACUCCGCGAUGAGCACGAAGUAAGAGUUCAUAUUGCACAGACUGGAAUUUGUGGAAGUGAUGUACACUAUUGGCAAAGAGGUCGCAUUGGAGAUUUCGUGCUGACGAGCCCGAUUGCGCUUGGUCACGAGUCUUCCGGCACUGUUGUUGAGGUCGGAAAAGCAGUUCAAAACUUGAAGCAGGGUGAUAGGGUCGCCAUAGAACCUGGUGUCCCAUGCCGCAGAUGUGAUUACUGUCGUGACGGCAGUGAGUAUUUUUCGAUCUUAAAUUUGCCAGACGAGAUACUCAUCGUGUCGCANGAGUACAACUUGUGUAACGAUACCAUCUUUGCUGCCACGCCGCCAUGGGACGGAACCCUCGCAAAGUUCUAUACAGUUGCAAGCGACUAUUGUUACAAGAUCCCUGAUUCAAUGAGUAUGGAAGAAGCUGCUAUGGUAGAGCCGACUGCUGUUGCUGUCCAAAUAGCAAAAGUUGCCGAUCUGAGAGCUAACCAGACUGUGCUCGUCUUUGGAUGCGGACCUAUUGGUGUUCUUUGUCAGGCGGUAGCGAAGGCAUAUGGUGCUCGGAAAGUCAUCGGAGUCGAUGUCGUCAAGUCACGACUCGAUUUCGCCAAGUCAUACGGUGCUGAUGCCGUGUUUCUACCACCCAAGCCUGAUCAAGGUGUCGAACCUAUGGAACACUCCGAGAAGGUCGCGGCCAUGAUCAGGAAGGAGUUUGAUCUCGGCGAAGGAGCCGAGGUGGUUCUAGAAUGUACUGGAGCCGAGCCAUGCAUUCAAGCCGGUGUCUUUGCCGCAAAGAAAGGCGGCACCUACGUCCAGGCUGGCAUGGGUAAGGAAAACGUACUCUUUCCCAUCACAACCGCUUGUAUUAGAGCGCUCAACAUCCGGGGCUCUAUAAGAUACACCAAAGGCUGCUAUCCAGAUGCAGUCGAGCUAGUGGGCUCUGGAAAAAUCGACGUCAAGAGAUUGAUCACCAACAGAUUCAAGUUUGAGGAGGCAGAGCGAGCCUUUGAACUCGUCAAAGCUGGUAGNGAAGACGUUCUCAAGGUCAUAAUUGAAGGUGUCCAGGAC